AAGACAAUUUACUACCAGAAGGUCCCAUGAAAUCCCCAAAUUCCUCAUAAGUCCCCAGGGACCUCUGGGUAAAUAAUUUGAGUUGUGAUAUUACGUACUUGCCCUCAGUCAUUGAUAAAGGAAAGAAAAGAGGGAGAGACGCUGAUUGGCUUCAUUUAGUGCGGUUGUUUGUUAUGCAUGCACAAGGAAGAGAAGCUUCUGAAAGAAAGAAGGGAGUUAUGCGCUGGUACUCCAUCGCAGGCAAGCGACAUUAUUUCUUCAUCUUCUUGGUUGAUAUCCAGGAUGGCAACUUCCAGUGCAAAGCAAUUGUUUUGCUACCUCCAUAUAGGAGGACAAUUUAUUAAUGGUGUAGAAGGUGAAACGCAGUAUGUUGGAGGUGGUGUGAGAACAAGAAUGAUAAAGGAAGGGACAUCAUAUGGAGAAUUUAGAACAAUGGUGGCAUCAAUUGUGGGAAAAGAAAGUAAUGGAAUGGUUAUGAAAUUCACAGUAACCUUUGAUGAGUGUACAUUUGUGGACCUUGUAGAUGAUGAAGGAGUAGAACAUUUGAUUAACUUCAAUGGCGAUAGUGGUCAUGUAUAUAUAGGAGAAAAUGGAGAUCAAAAUUCACAACUAACAAGGGAUGUUGUAAUAGAAGAGCAACAUGUGAUGGAAGACUUGUUCGGAGGUUCAGAUACAUUGUCCAUGUCUCCACCUAAUGUGGUUAGUGAAGACCCACUAUUGUUGCCAUGUGGUUCAGAAAUGAUGCCAACCCCAAUUCCGGAAAUGAAUUCAACAAAGUGGAAGGGUUUGCUUAUCGGAGAAGGACAGAUUUUUCCUAAUGCAGUGGCUCUUAGGCAAGCACUGUAUAGGUACAGUAUUGCUGUGAAGUUUUCAUACAAGUUUGUGAAGAACAAUCAACAAAAGAUCAUUGUGAAGUGUAUGGCGAAGGGAUGCCCGUGGUAUAUGGGUGCAUACUCAAUGGGACAAAGACAAGAUUCUGAGUUGUUAAUAAUUAGAACCUUAAGAAGUGAGCAUGUGCAUUAUGCACAGGACAGCUUGGUUGUAUCUCACUCUAGAGGGUCAAACUUAACAUCAUCAAUCAUGAUAGAUUCUUUGAGGUGUAAUAUAGACAAGAAUGCUAAUGAACUUAGAAGAGAUCUGUAUAGAGAAUAUGGGGUGCGACUGAAUUAUAGUCAAGCAUACAGGGGUAGAGAAAGAGCGUUGAGGGAAAUACAUGGUCGUGCACAGGAUUCAUACAUGGCGAUUCCCUGGAUUUGUGAAAGGCUCAUUGAAACUGAUCCAAACACAAGUGCUCGAUGGGAAGGGUUGGAUAGUAACAGAUUUCAGAGGGUGUUCAUUGCUUAUGGAUGCUCAAUUAAUGGAUUUUUAGAAGGGUGUCGACAUAUACUUUAUAUAGACGGCUGUCAUCUAAGUGGUCCUUACAGGGGGACAUUGAUUUCAGCUAAUGCAUAUGAUGCAGACAAUGAACUAUUUCCAUUAGCAUAUGCUAUAGUUAGUGGGGAGACAUAUGAUGAUUGGGCUUGGUUUCUCCAGAACAUCAAAGACAUCACAAGAUCAGUGGAGACAACGAUAGUUUCAGAUCGGAAUAAUGCCAUUAUAGGUGCUGUGCGAACAAUAUUUGGUGGCGAGAGACAUGCUUUUUGUUAUAGGCAUGUGAAAGAAAAUUUUAGUGCACAUUAUUUAAAAAUUAACCGAGGCAGGGGACGAGUUUCAGGUACUUCAAAGGACGUUGCAUUGAAAAUGCUGGAUGGAAUCGCCUAUGCAAGGAUUGAGGAUGAAUAUGUUGCUGCAAUGGGGAAACUUAGAUCAUUCUGUCCACAAUUAGCUGAUUGGGUUGACACUCAAGGAGAUGUAGAUCGGUGGGCUUUAAGCAAAUUCCCGUUUAAGCGAUGA